AUGACCAGUGUGAAGGUGAAUCAUCACAGAUCCCAUUUCUUGAUGACAAUAAAUCUAUUCAAAAGAUUCAGUCCCCUCAAUACCUUCGUUCCCAGCCCGAUCAAUGGCAUGCACGGUCACCCGACCUGGCCUGUCCUGUUUACUUGGUAUCUUUGGGCCAAAACACAUACUAGCUCGACGGAUAGACAUCCUCGGUUAGUAGCAGCGACAUUUCCGGCUGCCAUCUCGCGAGACGAGAAAAACUGGUGCGGCCUGAAACACAUCAGCGUGGACGCACUCAAAGUCGAGGAAUUUCGAAGUCAUAUUGACUGUGAAUUUAAGAAGCUUAAUGCUGCCCUCAGUGAGAAAGGCGACCAGCAAGUGGGGAACCCAAUAGAAGAAAUACAUGAGAUGGAACAGGAAAGAAAGAGAAAGGAAAAUGAAAAAUUGAAGGAAAUAAAUGAAAAGGAGAAGGAAAUAGCAAAGAAAGAACAGGAGAAAGAUGGAGAGUGCAUCCAAAAGAACCUCAGAACUCUCAAAAAUGAGCUCAAAAACCUCCUAUAUGAGCUCGAGGCCCUCCAAGUCCUCAAAGCCGCCUUACGAGAAGUCAUCGCCAACGUGAUUGCUGCCAUCUGGGAAGCAUACUGCUUUCCCACGGGCGUAUACUAUCACAUCCGUUCCUGUGGAGCCUACUCGGUAACCACCGGAGAGAGGACGUGGAAAUCCUUGUUGUUCAUCCGGAUCCAAUCCACUAACGAUGAUCACACCGACGGCCAGCUCCAAAUUUAUAAUCUCGAUUCUACGUCUGCGGUCGACCUUCCGCCAGGGAGUCUAACCCUUGCCAAACAAACUGGGAGGCUGGGUGUGAUGGUAAGGCCUGCGACCUCACUAAAGCGCCAGUUAUCUUCACCAUCCUCUCCCAAAAAGCCAAAAAAACAAAAACGGAAGACUAGCGAGUCCGAAUCGAGCGUUCCUCAGAACGACUCCUUUCAGAAGCGGGAAGUCGACUAUGACAUCCUGCCACAUGUCCGUCUUCUAUCCGAUACGUUCUACAUUCCGGAUGAGACAAAUCCAAAUGAAAUGGUUUUGGUACCUGGCGAUGACGACCAAGUUGAGGAGCAUGGCAUAACGCCAGUCCUGUCUAGUGCUGCCACCCCUGUAAGCCAACCCAGCGAGUGGGAAUUGCUAGAGCCGUCAUCAAUCCAGGCCACGUCCCCAGUGGAAGGCACAGCAGAUGGAUGGUGCAUUUAUACUGGGACUUUCACAGAGGCGGAAAUCCGUGCCAAGGGUAUCACUAAUUUUGAACAGCUCCCCUUCAGGGUGCUAGACGACUUUAUCUCAGGCCUACACUGCAGCGUGCUUUGGCUUGAGAGGAAAUUGGUCUCCGAGAGCACAGUUCUUCUACAUAAUAAGGACAAGUAG